GCUUAUCUUUUUCCAUGUUGAAUGUAGCAUUCAUUAAAGACUGUGAGUUUCAGUAUAUUUAUAUUAGGCAUUUCAGAGGAUGUGUUGCAAAAUUAUUUUUACAUAUAAUACCAGGGCUGAGAAAAGAACCAGAAAAGACUGUGAAGGAAGAUAUUUAUAUAAAAAGGACUUUCAAUUUAACCAUCCACUAAAAAGAUUUUCAAAUUCCUAAGGAAGUAUGACAGCUCACUGGACAAGUAGAGUUGGCAAAUCCUGCGUUUUAAGUUUUGAAUGGUUUUUUACUUUUGAUUUUUUUUUUUAUUUCAAGAGAGUUUGUCAAGAUUCACAAACACAGAAUGUAACCCUUUCCCUGCUGGACCAGUACCUUACCUGAUGUUUUCCUGUCCAAUCAAAAUCCAUGUUCAGAUAGGGUACUGUGACAAGGUGCUGGGCUGGAAUUGCUGAGCCAGCCUUCUGUCAUGCCAGCUCCCAUUAAGGGAUGUAAAUUGGAGCUGGCUAGAGAAACCUGUGCCUGAUUGGCAAAGGGGAAACAGCUGUUAGCUUGGUUAGCCUGGGGCUGCAUAAAAGCCUCAGGGGAAGGAAGUCAAGGGGAGCAGACAGGAGGAGAAAAGCCAGAGAGUGGAAACUUGCCUUUCCUGGCUGGGAAGUCCUUUAGACUGAAACCCCCAAGCUGUAUGGGGUGAGAAGGUGGUGGGAAUUGCACCCUGUAUAUAAAUUGCACCAGUGAUUGCUGAACCAAGAGUCUCUGAGUGGUUUUCGGAGCAGGGCAGAGGCAGGAGUAAAGGGGGCCCUGUUACAUGUGGAGGCAUGUCUGGGAUCCUGAGCCAGUGCAAGAGUUUGGUGACCUGGAGAUGGAGGACACCCUGCAAUGGCUGGUGAAACAGCAGGAGGAGAUGCAGAAGGCUAUGCAAAGCCUUCAGCAAUCCCACCAGGUGGAAAGGCAGGUCUUACUUACCCGGCAGGCUGAGCAGCAGAAAAGCCUGCAGGACUUCAUAUGGGAGCAGGCCACCAUACAACAGAAGCUCCUGCAGAGGAUGGUGAGUCCCACAGGGGGGAUGGCACCUAGGCGCUGGGCAUAGAACUAUGUAAGAUGGGCCCGGCAGAUGACCCAGAUGUGAUCCUCUGCACCUUUGAGCAGGUAGCCAUGGGGGCUGGAUGGGAUAGGGCAACCUGGGCCCUGUGGUUGGCUCCCUAUCUGGCAGGCAAAGUCCAAGUGACCUACAUUGCCCUGAGUGAAGAGCAGGGCUGGAAUUAUGAUGCGGUAAAGGAGGCUGUUGUGGAUUGGGUGUGGCUGUUCUCCGAGAAGUACCACCAGAAGUUCCGGUCAGCAAGGUGGACAGGGGGUUUGCAGCCCUGGCCGUUUGCCCAAAGGUUGAUGGACUGGGUCACCCACUGGCUGAAACCCAGCACCCAGACAGUGUGGGAGAUUGUGGACAUGCUGGUCCUAGAACAGUUUCUACAGGGCCUCCCCGAGAGCAUCCAGGAGCUCUUUGAUAUGACUGUCAUGCAAUCAUCAUAUUCUGUGAGCAGGGAACCUUUCAGAAUAUAGGACUACCCUACUGAAUCUAGGCCCCGAAACUUGAUAAAACUGGGAACGUUAA